AUGAUCAAGGUCCUCGUUUAUGCUCUACAGAUAAGCCGUGCACCCGCGAGUCUCGGCAACGAAGUCUUUCGGGCAGAAGUCCCAAGCCUUCAAAACGGCAGACUUCUCCCACUCAGGACUCCAGUCCCCGCGGCCAAGGCUGUCGCAGCGGGGGCCCCGCGCGGGACUGGCCAGGCUCUCCCGUUAACCCUGUCCGGACCGGCCGAUCCCGCCGCGGCCCGAGCGCCUCUCGGCCCCGCAGCACAGGGCACCCGGGACCCGCCGACCCCGCCGCCCGUUCCCCUCUCCGGAGAGCCCGGCGGGGCCGUCAAGCUGCCCAGACAAAGGGUACCGCGGCGCCAGGGGCCGGGACCGGCCGCGCCUGCCUUCCUCCGUCUCCCGCCCACCGCCAACCUCCAGUCUCCCGCAGAACCUCCGCUGCCUCGGCGCGACCCCAUCGCCACCCCGGGGCUGCCGCUCGGGACCGGCCCGCCGGGUAGCCGCGAGGAGGCCGCCGCACGCCAGGGCCGAGGAGGGGGCGGCGGCCGCCACCAUGUCUGCCCGCCCCUCCCAGAAGCGGGGUGCCCAGCGGACAAAGCGCAGCGGCGGCGCGGGCGGAGCGGGCGCCCAGGCCGACCCCGCCGACCCCCGCGGAAUAAGCGGGGCCAGGAGCCCCGGAAACCCGGCGCCUUAAUGCAAUAAACAGGAAAUCGCGGGGAUGAUCUGGGUUCCGGGGGAAGUGGAAUUAUUUUUUACCAGCGAAGAGAUCAACUUCCACAUCCGGUGGUAACAGGGCCCUACACAGACCCGCACUGACCUGGAAAAGCUUCGGGAGCGGCGACGGGAAGGCAGCAGGAGGUGGUGCGGGGACCCGAGGCGCUUCGUACCCGGCCGGGCUGACGCGGCCCCGCUACACACAAAGCGCUUCAGCAGCACAGGGCGCUAUUUUCCGAAAAUGCCGCGUCUGGUCGGCGCCCAAAAUCCCCACCGAAAAGUCCCCCGUGCUGCGCGCGGAGGGACACAUGGUGUGCGAGUGAGUCAAGCUCCCAGCAUCCCUCCCGGACCCGGCCCUCGUCAGCUCCUCGCCUGAGGAUUUUCCGCCUCUGCACUCUUCGGCAGAUCCCGCUCCUACCCAUUCCCUGACUCUGUUCCUACGGGGAGAGAGGGGAAAGAGAGUCUGAUUUUUUAACGAAAGGGAGGAAAAUAUCCCAUUUCUAGCGCUUCAGCCGCACAAAGAAAGCGGCGGAAUGAUCCGGUCUCGGCGACCGCAAGUCCCGGCCCGCCCGGCGCCUGCGCGGCAGCGGGGGUGGGAGCUGCGGCCGGCCAUGUGCGCGGCGGAGAGGCUGGGUGGCCGCGGAGCCUUCCCGCCUGUUUCUGCGGUGGGUAGGAGUUCGGAAACUAAUGUUCUUGUGCUAACCUUCGUGUCUCUGUGAAUUGACCGUUUAAAGACGGAGAGUGCGGAAUCUUUGGAGUUUAAGCUUGCCAACUGAGCGGCCUAGCAGAAUCCUGGGAGACGGAAGGACAGCCAGGAGGCUAGGAUUUACCUUUUAAGUGUCCCUAGAUUCAACUAGUCAGACUGGGACGGGAGACGCUGUGAAGGUACCAGGGAAGGAACAAGUGAGGUUCCUUUUCCACUUUUGCGUAAACUCAGCGGUCAGAUUCAUGACGAAGAUGUACAUAUUUCUGUAGAUUUUUUUCCCGAGCAUUCUAAUGAUGCCUCAUAUUUCGUAGAUCCUAGUAACUGCUUGGAUUACUGCCGCCUCAGAGGUAGAGAUCUGUUUUUCCGUGGCUGGAAUGUCAAAACUUUUGUUGUAUUUUAUUAAGUAGCAAAAGUUUGGAGAUUUGCAAGGUUAAAAAAAAAAAAAA